UUUGUUUCCCCCCUGCAAGAGACAGAGCAGCACCAGCCGGGGUAUCAGGACCAUGGGGGUUUUGACAAUCUUGUCCCUCGCUCUCUCGUUCUUCCUCACUCUCCUCUUCCUCGUUUCCUACUGGAGGCAGCAGAAGAAAUCCGUCACCCUCCCUCCUGGCCCUGCCCCUCUGCCACUUUUGGGAAACCUGGGCUAUACCUUCCAUAAGAGCCAGUACAAGUUCUUCCCAGAGCUGCGUAAGAGAUACGGCCCAGUGUUCACCAUCUGGCAGAUGACGGAUCCGGUGGUGGUUCUGUGUGGGUACGAGGUGGUGAAAGACGCUCUGAUGAAUUACGCAGACCAGUUCAGCGGUCGCCCAUUUUCCGCAGUUAUUGACCUUUACUCGAAAGGCUACAGCUUUCCCAGUCUGCAGGGAGAACGCUGGCGCCAGCUCCGACGCUUCACUCUGACUUCCCUACGGAACUUUGGGAUGGGGAAGAAGUCAAUGGAGGAACUUGUUCUGGAAGAGGCGCAACAUCUCGUUUCUGCUGUGUCUCAAACAGGAGGGAAGCCCUUUAACCCAGUUCACCUGACGGGAUGUGCCGUAGCCAAUAUCACCAGCCGGGCGCUACUUGGGGAGCAGUUCCAGUACCAGGACCAGAAGUUACGGGAUCUGCUUGUAACGACAAGGAAAUUUAUCAGCAAUACCCACUCGUUCCUGCAUCAGCUCGGCAACUUGUUCCCAGUUCUCCUGAACCUGCCGGCCUUCAGGGACAAGCUAUUCCGAGAAAGUUCCGAGCUGCUCUCCUUUGUCGAGGAAUAUAUUAAACAGCACAAGCAAACACUGGAUCCAAGUUCUCCAAGGGACUUUAUUGACUACUUCUUAUUGAAGAUUAAAGAGGAGGAGAUGGCGGCACAAAGCAAUUUCUGUGAGACCAGUCUGUUAAUGACCAUUAUAGCAUUACUCGCUGCAGGGACCGAGACCACCUCAUCCACCUUAGCCUUCUGUCUGGCUUUUAUAGCCAACUACCCCGAUGCCCAGGCCAAGAUACAGAGAGAACUUGAUGAGGUGACGGGGUCCCAGCGCCCCCCAGAGAUCGGAGACAGAGUCAAACUCCCCUACACCAACGCCGUGAUCCACGAGAUCCAGAGACUCCUUGAUCUUGCGCCAAUCGCUCAUUUCCAUGCCGUGACCGAGGACACCAAGUUCCAGGGAUUUACUAUCCCCAAGGGCACGACCGUUAUCCCCUUCAUCUCGUCGGUGCUGUUUGACCCAACGCAAUGGGAAACCCCUGAGGAAUUUAAUCCGGGACAUUUUCUGGAUGAACAGGGGAAGUUUCGGGCCAGACCUGCUUUCAUGGCUUUCUCCGCAGGAAAGCGAGUGUGCGCUGGGGAAAGUCUGGCCCGAAUGGAGCUCUUCCUCCUCUUCUGCUCUCUCCUUCAGAAAUUCACUUUCCGUAGGGCCCCUGGGUCAGAGCCACGGGACUGCACCUACCUGAGAAAGAACAAGGUCCAGACCAUCAUGUCCUCCAUAGCCUGCGCUGUUCCUCGUUCCACCAUGUGAUGGCGCCAUACCCACCCCCUGCGCUACUGAUCAAACACCAAAAGGCCAGACAAGGAGCGUUUUGGACUGGGUGCCUAUUUGUUUAUGGCAGGGGGCAACUAUGUUUGCAUGUUAUUUGCCAAAGAAUUGUGGGUAAAUGUAAAUGAGUUACACUACAUGGAUACUAGAAGGGCCGGCUCUACAUCCACCUGUACUGUAUAUAUAUCUCUCUCUAUAUACCUGUAUCUGCCUAUUGACUGUAUAGGGGUCACUACAUGUUUCUCUGCUAUAAACUGAUUUGCCAAAAAUGAAAGAAUCACUGCCUGGGACACAAGAUAGAAUUCUACUGAAUAGUGAGUGUAGCGCCCCCUGGAGUCUGCAGAGCCAACCCUCCCACUCACUCCCACUCUCCUUUUUAUUGCACAUUCCUGACACUAACAUGGAAAUGUCUCGUCCUCCCGUUGCACCUCGUAGAGCAGUGAUGCCGGGCCCCGGGGCCACAUGCCCCUUCCAAUGCCAGGAGACCCGUGAGUAUUUGCAGGGAUUCCAUGGAGAAGGCUUUGUGUGCACAGAGGGUUAAUAAAACCCAAUGAUGAGGUGUGGCUCCCGGGGGCCACAGGUGAGGGUCGGGGGUAUGGAGUGUGGCCCCUGUUACUCUGCAGACAUAGAACUGAAAUGAAAAACCAAUAUACAAUGAACGAUUGGAGUAAAUUGGCGAAUUCAAUAAAAGAUCAGACAGA